CCCUCCCCUUAGAUAAGAGCUCAACCUUGUUUCACUUCUCAGAAAGUGAAACUCACACAGUCAUUGUUACUGAGAGCUGAAAUGGCGCAGCACGGAGCUCAGCUAGACCGAGAAAACUUUUCUUGUUCGAUCUGUCUGGAUCUACUGAAGGAUCCGGUGACUAUUCCCUGUGGACACAGCUAUUGCAUGAGCUGUAUUAACAACUUCUGGGAUGAAGAGGAUAAGAAGGAAAUCUACAGCUGUCCUCAGUGCAGACAGACAUUCACACCAAGGCCUGUCCUGGUAAAAAGCACCAUGUUAGCAGUUGUAGUGGAGCAGCUGAAGAAGACUGGACUCCAAGCUGCUGCUGAUCUCUGCUAUGCUGGACCUGAAGAUGUGGCCUGUGAUGUCUGCACUGGGAGGAAACUGAAAGCCCUUAAAUCCUGUCGGCAGUGUCUGGCUUCUUACUGUGAGAAACACCUCCAGCCUCAUUAUGAAUCACCUACAUUUAAAAAACACAAGUUGGUCGACCCCUCCAAGAAGCUCCAGGAGAACAUCUGCUCUCGUCAUGAUGAGGUGAUGAAGAUGUUCUGCCGUACUGAUCAGCAGGUUAUCUGUUAUCUCUGCCCUGUGGAGGAUCAUAAAGGCCACGACACAGUUUCAGCUGCGGUAGAAAGGACUGAGAAGCAGAGAGAGCUCGAGGUGAGUCGACUAAACAUCCAGCAGAGAAUCCAGGACAGAGAGAAAGAUGUGAAGCUGCUUCAACAGGAGGUGGAGGCCGUCAGUCUCUCUGCUGAUAAAACGGUGGAGGACAGUGAGAAGAUCUUCACUGAGCUGAUCUGUCUCCUCCAGAAAAGAAGCUCUGAUGUGAAGCAGCAGAUCAGAUCCCAGCAGGAAACUGAAGUGACUCGAGUCAAAGAGCUUCAGGAACAGCUGCAGCAGGAGAUCACUGAGCUGAAGAGGAAAGACGCUGAACUGAAGCAGCUCUCACACACAGAGGAUCACAACCAGUUUCUACACAACUACCCCUCAGUGUCACAACUCAGUGAAUCUACAGACUCAUCCAGCAUCAAUAUCCGUCCUCUGAGCUACUUUGAGGAUGUGACAGCAGCUGUGUCAGAGCUCAGAGAUAAACUACAGGACAUCCUGAAGGAGGAAUGGACAAACAUCUCACUGACAGUGACUGAAGUGGACGUUUUACUGUCAGAUUCAAAAACAGAGCCCAAGACCAGAGCUGGAUUCUUAAAAUAUUCAUGUGUAAUCACACUGGAUCCAAAUACUGCAUACACAAGCGUGUUAUUACAUGAGGGUAACAGAAAAGCAGAAGUAAUGGCACAACAACAGUCUUAUUCUGAUCACCCAGAAAGAUUCACUAAUCAUAAUCAGGUCCUGAGUAGAGAGAGUCUGACUGGACGUUGUUACUGGGAGGUGAAGUGGAGAGGAAGUAGAAUUCGUGUAGCAGUCGCAUACAAGAAUAUCAGCAGAGCAGGAGCCGCAUAUGAACGUCUAUUUGGAAACAAUGACAAAUCUUGGGCUUUAAGAUGUGCCACUGACAGUUAUGAAUUCUGGUUCAAAAAUAUUAAAACUCCAGUCUCAGGUCCUCGUUCAAAAAUAUUCGGAGUGUACCUGGAUCACAGAGCAGGUAUUCUGUCCUUCUACAGCGUCUCUGAAACCAUGACUCUCCUCCACAGAGUCCAGACCACAUUCACUCAGCCUCUCUAUGCUGGAGUUUGGCUUAAUUCUGCUGGAGACACAGCUGAGUUUUGUGAACUCAAAUAGAGGGAAGUCAUUAAAGACUUCAUUUGUCAGAUUCUGUGUUGUAAUUCUUAAUUUUUUGUCUCCAUGUUUCUGAACUGCGCAAAGAUCAGCUGUCAAAUGGUUGUCAAUAUUUUUUUCCGUUUAAUUUGUUUUGGUCUGUUAAUGUUUUGCGUUUCUUUAAAAUUCACGUUUUCACUUUUUACCAAUGGAGGCUAUCACUGAUCAUGAUGAU